ACGUCAAUCGCGAGCAAACUUCGGUCGUUCGAGUGUCGACGGAUUCAACGAAGCUAGGCGGUGUGGUGUUUCUGGAAGUGCUAUUCUGCUACUGCCAAAUAAGAAGUCAUUCCCUUUCAACAAUCGAUUUUAACCGGUUUCCGCCGAAACGUGUAAUAGAACGAUUCAUAUACCAGCAUAAUGCAGUGCAACAUCCGGCAUUUGUUGAAUAUUGCUGCCAAGGGCAAUUCCGCUGCCGCCAGUCUUCGCAACCAUGGAUCCAUCCUGGGAGCGUUGUAUGGCCGCUUCUACUCGACCACACACGAUGCCGAUCUGGUGGUCAUCGGGUCCGGACCGGGAGGCUAUGUCGCAUCCAUCAAAGCAGCUCAGCUCGGCAUGAAGACCGUCUGCAUAGAAAAGAAUGAUACCCUGGGAGGCACCUGUCUGAAUGUGGGCUGCAUCCCGUCGAAAGCCCUGUUAAACAAUUCACACUACUAUCACAUGGCACAUUCGGGUGAUCUGGCCUCGCGUGGCAUUCUCGUGGACAACAUUCGUCUCGAUCUUGACGCUCUUAUGGGUCAGAAGACGAAAGCUGUCAAAGCGUUGACCGGUGGUAUAGCUCAGCUGUUCAAGAAGAACAGUGUAACUCACAUCAAUGGCCUCGGCACCAUUACCGGACCGAAUACGGUGGUGGCGAAGAAAGCCGACGGCAGCGAGGAGGUUGUCAACGCGAAAAACAUUAUGAUCGCGACCGGCUCGGAGGUGACUCCGUUCCCGGGCAUCGAUGUCGAUGAGGAAAUCAUCGUGUCCUCGACGGGAGCCUUGAAACUGAAAGAGGUUCCACGGAGGUUGGGUUUGAUCGGAGCUGGUGUGAUCGGAUUGGAACUUGGGUCUGUUUGGUGUCGUUUGGGAUCCGAAGUGACAGCCAUCGAAUUCCUAACCUCGAUUGGUGGCGCCGGAAUCGAUCAGGAUGUCUCCAAGAGCUUCCAAAAAAUUCUGACCAAGCAAGGCUUCAAAUUCCUGCUGGGAACAAAAGUGAUGAGCGCGUCCAAAACCGGAAGCGGUGUUACUGUUAGUGUGGAAAGUGUUAAGGAUGGCAGCAAACAUGAUUUGGAAUUCGACGUUUUGCUAGUUUCCGUCGGUCGUCGUCCCUACACCGAAGGUUUGGGUCUCGAAAACGUUGGAAUCGUUAAAGACGAUCGUGGUCGCGUUCCGGUGAACAAUAUGUUUCAAACCGUGGUCCCCAGUAUCUAUGCAAUCGGCGAUUGCAUCCACGGUCCCAUGCUGGCCCACAAAGCGGAAGACGAGGGAAUCGUUUGCGUUGAAGGAAUGCUGGGAGGUCACGUUCAUAUCGAUUACAACUGUGUGCCAAGCGUGGUCUACACUCAUCCCGAGGUCGCUUGGGUCGGUAAGAACGAAGAGGAACUGAAGAACGAAGGCGUGGCGUACAACGUAGGAAAGUUCCCCUUCGCAGCUAACUCCCGAGCGAGGACCAACAACGAUACCGAGGGUUUCGUGAAAGUGCUCGCUGACAAGCAAACCGAUCGCGUGCUCGGAGUUCACAUUAUAGGCCCAGCUGCCGGUGAGCUGAUCAACGAGUCUGCCCUUGCCAUGGAGUACGGUGCGUCCGCCGAAGACGUAGCCCGCGUUUGUCACGCUCAUCCAACCUGCGCGGAAGCUCUGCGGGAAGCGCAUACGGCUGCCACUUUUGGCAAACCGAUCAAUUUCUAAGUAAGUGUGUAAGAUAGCGGCGGACCCUCGAUGAUGAUUAUUUACUAGCUAAGAGCCAGCAGCAGGCGUGAUCGUAAGUGCUUGUAAAGUACAUCUGCGUGAUUCUCUUCGUUUAUCCCUAUCGUGAUGGGAAGUAAAAAAACACACUAGCGCAAAAUGUAAUUGGGAAGAAUAUCAUUAUUUAUUAUCAUAAAUGAAAAAAAGCAGGUACUAUCUAGUGAAACACUAAAAAUAUUGGCAAUUUAUAUCCGUACAUAAGUUAAAACUCCAGAAGAGAGAACACAAGCAAUUUUGUAUGAGGAGGCAUCCUGAAUCUAUUAAAUUAUUGUCUAGAUAUAUAA